GCUAAAUAAUAUUUAUUAAACAUAUCAUUGUAUAUUUUUAUAAUAAAAAAUCUGUGUUUUAAUAAAAUAGUGUCAUUUUUUCUGUUGGUUGUAACAAUAAAUAGCUUGAACCUGCCCCACCCUUUUAAAACCUUUCGUAAUUUAUGGAUGGACCCUUGUGCUAUAACAAUUAUUUAACAAAAAGUAUGCGAACACUAAAAUGUGUAUAUGUUCAGAGAAGAGACAAUUUUAGAGUACACUUUUUAAUUCCCAAUUUUUAUGAAAAUUGCAGUUAAAAUUAUUUUGAUUUGCAUGAGUCACUGGUACGGCAGUAAAAUAAAACAAUAAUAGAAAUGGCAGCAAUGCUGACUGACGAUAACAAGGGCGAAACUUACAUUACGCAACAUAAAUUCCAUGAAUAUGAAUUAAAUUGGAUUAUCGAGGAUUUCAAAUUUGUUUAUGAAUCAUUAAAAUUAAUUGAAUCACCCAGAUUUCCUUCUACUUCAACAGAAAAUGGCAAAUGGUAUAUUGAGCUUAAUCCUGCAAAUGUGGACAAAAAUAAUGAAGGGAUAGUUGAAAUUCGAUUAAGAAACACAUUACAAUUAAACAACCAUGUAAAAUGUAAUAUAAGUAUUACAGAUUCUUUUGGAAAGGGACCUAGAAGUUGUUAUACAAAUUUGAAAAUUUUUAGUACUUCUUUUUAUUGGUCGUAUUCAGAAGAAGAUUUCUAUAAAGAAUGGGAUAAAUCAACCCUAAGUAGUAUUAAAAUACAAUGUAAAGUUAUGGUAUUGGAUUCAUUAAAAGAUGUUAUUCCAAAUGAAUUAACUCAUUAUCCAGAAACAGAAAAUCUUUUGAACCAAAUAGAAAAUUCUUUUAAUGAUCAAACUUUAAAAGACGUCACUUUAAAAGUCGAAAACAAAGAAUUCACUGCCCACAAAAUGAUUCUCAGCCUUCGAAGUCCAGUGUUUGCAGCGAUGUUUAAAAGUAAAAUGAAUGAAGAAUUAACUUCAAUUGUUGAAAUUAAGGACAUGAAGUCAAAAAUAUUUCAAAAAAUGCUUCGCUUUAUUUAUACUGACAAAGUGAAGAAUUUGAAAGAAUCUGCAGUACAACUUUAUAAUGCGGCGGACAAAUAUGAACUGGAAAAACUAAAAAGAAUGUGCAUCAAUAGUUUAUAUAGAAAUUUAUCUUUAAAAACAGUCAUAGAAACUCUAAAAUUUGCGAAACAAUAUUCAAUUUUUGAUUUAGAGCAAAGUUGUUUAAAAUAUUUAGUUUUAAAUAUAGAAACAUUGAAGGAUACACCUGAAUUUGAAGAAUUAAUAAAUGUAAACCCCGGUUAUUCUAUGGAAAUAAUCGAAAUGAAACGGACAAUUAAUUGUAAAAAGCAAGAUAUUCAAUUUUCUGCAAAUACUAUAUUUCAAUUCAAAGAAUAAAAUUUCAUUUCAAUAUUUCUGAAAGUUUAGUUUAAUGUAUAUAUAUAAAUAUGGAAGAAAUUUUCUCUUGCUUUUAUGUGAAAUUUUUUAUUCGUGUUCUUAAUGUAAACAAGAGUUAUUUGUAAAAAUAUUUUUAUAGUGAAAUGAAUGUUUAAUAAGUUUUGCCUCAAAACUAUCUCGCUUUAUACAUACAUUUAUCUCAUAGAAUUUAAUAAAACAUUUCAAUUAUUAUUAUCAGUUUUUAUUUUAAUAUAAAAACUAUAAACAAUUAUGUACCUAAGUAUAAAUAAAUUGGCUAAUGAAAUGGCUCUA